AUGGGUAGAUGGUAUACACCGUUCGCAUAUACCAGCGGCUUUGUCUUAAGUGACGACGAGGUGUUCGACCUCGCCAAGGACCUGGGCUUCGACUUUGUCCCGUCCCCCUCCGCACAUAAACUCGACGUAGCAAUUUGCCUCCACAAUGCUUCGCGCAGCAUCAGCUUAUACAUGGCAAGCAAAGACGAACAUCUUAAGCCAUAUAACCUUCAGGGAGUUUUACUUGGUCAGCCUUCACCAGAUUGCUGGAAUCCUCCCGGUUGCUUCAUUAUACCGACUAUACGUAACUACAAAAAGAACGACACCGAUCCUGAAACAGAUGAGAACACGCAGAAAGUCAAAGCAGCAAUAUUGGGUGUAGGUGUACCCGAGAAGUAUCUCUGCCACUUUAAGACUUAUCCAAACGAGAAACACCCCACCACCCUUGUUGGCAUACUUCCACCUCCUGUUUCACGCUCGCCUACGGGUCCUGACUCUGGAAUACGCCUCAAGGUACCACCUUUUGAGAAUACGUUCAAGGCGCAGGUCCAUAGCAGGGACAGCGGCGAAGAUGACGAAGACAUAGACGAUAACGUGGAAGAAUUAGCUGCAAGGAUAGAGAAGCUCAAGCAACGGAUGCAGGUUGCACUUGAAAAACAGAAAAAGCGAGAAAAUACGUUCCCCCAAGUCACCGUUUCGAACAACCAGCCUCGGGAUCCAAGUCCCCCCUUGGAAAACCCUGAGCUCUCAGUGGGCACGCCGGCACAAUCGAGCGAGGACGAUGGCGAAGACGAUGAUAUACAAUGGCUAGGUACAUUGUCCCAUAAUAUUGGAGGUCCCGAACAUCCCGAGCCCCUGGUGGGCGCGCCGGUCCAGUCGAGCGAGGACGAUAGUGAAGAAGAUGAUAUACAAUGGCUAGGUACAUCGUCCGAUAAUAGCGAAGGUCCCGAACAUCCUGAUCCUCCUAAUACAUCGGCCACUCAUACAAUCCUUGAGGAGCCAGUAAUACUUCCCAGGAAGCGCAGACUAUCUGAGAUAUAUAGCGGCCCAGAAUCGAGUGCGAGAGGAGCACUGCGUAAUGUUAAGCGGAAGCUACUAGAAGACACCGAUGAAGAGACAAGGACCGCAUAUACGAAGGAGUACCGCUAA